AUGGCCACAGCACCAACUAAGCAGGCCAUCAGACACCUCUACUCGAACACUCUCGCUGCCGCCAAGUCGUUCUCAUCAUACAACUUCCGCAAUUACUUUGUGCAGAGAACAGAGGACACUUUCCGUACCCUCGAGCAUGAACACGAUUUUCUCAAACAGACAUCACUCUUUACGCAAGCAGAGAAGGACCUUGCGGUCCUCAAACGCUGCGCUAUCGUGAACCAGAUUUACGGCGGUGGGAAGCUUGCGGUGGAAACUCAGAGCGAAGUGCGGGAGCGGGGAGAUACUUAA